AUGUCACAACCACUGCUGCCUCUCGCUCCACGCACCGUGACCCAGAGCAGUGAGGAAGUCUCCAGGCGCAAGCAGCCAAAAAGUCGCAAUGGCUGUGUCACCUGCAAGGCCAGACGCAUGAAAUGCGAUGAGUCGAAGCCAACAUGUCAGCAAUGCAGCCGCCGUGGGGUCCCCUGCGGUGGCUAUCCGAAGUAUCUCAGGUGGAAGUCAGUCGGUCCGAGCAAAGAUAAUGGCCUACCUCGACUGCCAAAGGUCCACAUACUACCAGCUGAGGACCAACUCGGCCUUGAACCCCUGGAGAGCGGUACUUCGACUUCGCAUUACGUCUGUUCAGCACCAUCACACGAGCGAUCCGAACGGGGGUCUAGAAAAAUUGUCAGGUCUUCUCCUGAUGACACUGCAGAUACGCAGCGGUCAUUCAACGAGACUACUGUUGUCGAGCGGAGAGAAUCGAUCCCAGAUGGCGAUGGCGAUGGCGAUGGUCACAAUAUCGGCGGCGAAUGCAGAGUCCCAUUUCCAAAAGCUCAACAGCCACUGAGUUUGCCACCUCUGAUUGAGGCCGGUCGUCUUCUCUCGACACUAGGGACGGACAGGAGUCCAUACCAAUCGUCACCAUUCAGCAUUUCCGCACUGCAGGGCAAUAGCGAAAGCCUAGGGUUCGACGACAGCGACUGGAAUAUGUAUGGGCUUGAAGAUCUGUUUCGAGGCACCGAAGUAGCAUGGGAGCCAGGCACUGGUCUCAUGGCUCUGGAGCAGCACGAGCCCGAGCUCGGCAACGAGACAGCUCUUAUAUCGCUCGUGGCGCCGUCCGAAGGCGUUGUGUCCACCCAGGAGACACAGGCUGGGUCUGUGACCCGAGAAACGAUCCAGCAGUUGUUUGAAAACCGAACAUGCGGUAUUCUCUCUAUAAAAGAAGACCAGACCAGGAACCCAUGGCGGACUUUGGUCUGGCCACUCGCUACCCACUGUCCUGCACUCUACCAUGCACUUGCCGCAAUGGCUUGUCUACACAUGUGCAAGCUCCAGCCCCAGUUCCGGCUCCCAGGAUUACAGCAUUUUGAGCACAGCAUGAGAUCGUUGAGUGGCGACGGCAACAUGCAGGUGGAGACAAUUGUCGCCACAAGGUUGGCGCUGGCGCUCGCCGCAUCCUGGGAUCGUGAGAAGUCGUCAACCGUCAUCGACCAUACCAAUGCCGCGAGAAUAUUGAUUCGGCAAGCCAGCUACAAGGAGCGGAUAUCAGAGCUGCGACCCACCGAACUGAGUCGUUUGAGCUUCUUUGCCAACACUUGCCUAUAUAUGGAUGUCAUCGCGCGUCUGACAUGCACCGAUCCCCAAAGCUCUCACGAUAGCGAGUUCAUGGCAGCUUGCAGUAUGCUAAGCAGCUCCAUCCCAAGCAAACAACAGCUUGACCCACUCAUGGGCUGCGCAAUCACACUAUUCCCGCUGAUCGGCCGCUUAGCAGAACUUGUUGGACGCGUUCGAAAGCGGACCGAGAGGCGCAAUUCUCCAGCCAUCGUAUCCAAAGCCAUCGAGUUGAGAAUGGCGAUAGAGGGAUGGGUCCCACUGAUAACCUCGCAGGGGCCGGUGGGACUCAACACCAGUCUCGCGGAUUCGAUCCAGACGGCUGAAGCGUACCGAUGGGCGUCCCUUCUUCUUCUGCGACAAGCUGUACCUGAGCUUCCGUGGGCACAUUCGCUCUGGGAGCUGGCAUCGAAAAGCCUAGUCUUUCUCGCUACAAUUCCACUUUCGUCCCGCACCACAAUCGUGCAGACUUUCCCUCUGAUGUUAGCUGGAUGCGAGGCUACCGAGGACGAUGAUCGAGACUGGGUGCGCGAGCGCUGGAGUCUCAUGUCCAAAUGCAUGAUUACUGGGAUUGUCGACCGGUGCAAAGAGAUCACUAGCGAGGUCUGGCGUCGGCGGGAUGAGUAUGAAAUACGCCAUGGACUGCGUUCGAGGUCCCACUACAAUUCACCCUCAAUAGGAGAACGCAGUCCUCUCAAGGCUGGCCAGACGCCCGACACCAGUGCCCUGGAGCCUGGCCUACAGGAAACAAAAUGUGCUGGCUCGGAUGCAUCACCGUGCGCGGAACACCUGGAUUUCCCGGACAGUGCCGCCUUCAAGAAGGGCAUAGACCCAGUGACGAGAGCAGGACACUUGCACUACACCGUGAAAGGCCAACUGCACUGCUUCGGGGUCAUGAGUGAUUGGGAUUGGCAUGGUAAGCUUCCUCUCGACUCUUCGCGACGAGGCGAUCUAGGCACAUUUGCUUAUGCUAAUUGCGUACCCUAG